AUGAGAAGAUGGCUCAAAGCAACACUGAUGUAUCAACCACCUCCGGUCCCUAUCCUUCACCGGAUCAUGCCUGAGAACUCGACUACAUUCUGCGUCCUGGCGUUACUGGCUCUCAACAUAUUUUACCUCCUCUACCACGUAGACUUCAGCACUCUAACCAGCAUAGAAGUCAUCGCCGGCCGUUCUGGGCUACUCUUCGUCGCCAAUCUCCCAUGGCUUUACAUGCUCGCGGCCAAGAAUCAGCCCCUCAAAGCCCUCACGGGCCACAGCUACGAGAAUCUCAAUCUACUGCAUCGACGACAAGGCGAGCUGCUUUGCUUCCUAGCAGUCAUACAUUUUUCCGGUAUGCUCUUUGCCUGGUGGCGAGCUCUACGUCCCUUUCUCACACUCUACCGCUUCCUCACGUUCAAGUACAUCCUUCUGGGCGACUGUGCCUUCGUGGCGUAUGAGGUGCUGUACUUCACCAGUCUGAGUUCGUUUCGGGAGUGGUGGUAUGAGAUGUUUCUGGCCAGCCACGUUUUCCUGCAAGCUGCUGGACUGGUACUGCUGUUCUUCCAUCAUUUCCGAAGUCGGCCGUAUGUUGGUGCAUCGCUGGCGAUAUUCCUCCUGGAUCGAAUCGUGUGGAGGAUGAAUAUCAAGACGAAGACUGUGCGAGCGGACUUGUUGGUCAUGAAAGAUGGCGAGACGGUCAAGGUCUCCGCGGACUGGUCUGUCAGUCCACGAUCUAGAACCGGAUGGAGAUUCUGGCUUGGCGGAAACAUGAGCCAUGGAUGGGAAGCUUCUCAGCAUGUAUUCCUCACCGUUCCCGGUAUCUCCAAGCAGCACGUGCUACAAUGUCACCCUAUGACUAUCGCUUCAGCGGCUCCGGAGCCUGGUCAAGAUCAUGCGUGGUUUAAUCUCAUCAUCCGCGCGAAAAGCGGCUUCUCAAGGGAUCUGCUGCACUAUGCGCAGGAUCACGCAUCCACUAAGAUUCGCCUCGACGGUCCGUAUGGUUCUCUACAUGCGUUGGACAUGUUACAUGCCAGUGACAUCUCCAUUGUUGUAGCUGGCGGAUCUGGAAUCGCAGUUGCGUAUCCGAUGAUCUGGUCGUUGCUACACAGCGAAUCCCGGCAUGGUCAGCAAAUCUGUCUCAUUUCGGUCGUUCAGGACGCUUCCCACACGCACUGGUUGGGAACUGAAAGGCUGCAGGAGUUGAAGACGUUGGGUCUGCAUCUCAUCACGCCGCCGCCAAGCCGCAAAUAUGGACGACCGGAUGUUGCCGCUUUGCUUUGCGAUAAUGUGCAUCAGCUUUUGGACCACGCGGAGUGUGCUGACGAUGACUCGAAGAUCAGCGUCGUGGUCUCAGGUCCGGACAGCCUCAACAGGAGCGUCAGGAAUACAUGCUCUCGCCUCGUGAGAGAAGGACUAAACGUAGACGUGGCAGUGGAGAAGUUUGGCUGGUGA